CGCUGAAAUCUGAACACGUUUCUUUUCCAAUCCAGUGCCUCUCCGUCAAUCAAUGCCUGCGUAGACUCAAAGGCUCUCGCGUAGUAGAGAUUUCAGAUUCAGCAGCAGUGCGUACGUUACCAGCGCGUAGAAAUCCAGCAGCAGCAGCAUUAGCGAGUUGGCAAAUCUGCACGGCUGUUCUUGCUCUCUGAAAUUAGCGAGUCUUUUAUUUCUGCAAUCAAAGCUGCAAAUCUGUACUCGAUCUACUGCCAGUCCUGUAUAUAAAUCGCGUGACGAAGCUAACCCGGCCUGCGCUGCCACCUACCUUCCCAACAAUCUCUGUCUUUCCUUUCUCUCUCCAGCCGACGACGAUUGAUUAGUCCGAAGAAGGACGGAGCCCCUGAGGAAGGAAUCCUGAACGGCAUUAUCCUUUUUUCUCGUCGCUGUUCUUCUCUCUCUCCAACUUUCAGGAGUGGAGCGGACCAGCAACAAGUCACCCACAUGGGCCGCGCCUUUACAGCGGCGACGCUCCUCCUCUUGCUCGGGGCCCUGGGAGCGGCAACUGCCAAUGUGGGCGACUCCUGCUCGACGAGCGCGGACUGCGGCGCCGGGCAGUGGUGCUUCGACUGCGAGCCCAAGCUCUCCGGCUCCCACUGCGUCCGCUCCGCCGCCACCAACCCCUUCCAGCUCAUUAACAAUUCAUUGCCAUUCAACAAGUAUGCCUAUCUCACGACGCACAAUUCAUAUGCGAUCGUUGGUGAGCCUUCACACACUGGGAUUCCACGCAUCACCUUCGACAACCAGGAGGAUACUGUCACUGACCAGUUAAAUAAUGGCGUUCGGGCACUUAUGCUAGACACAUAUGACUUCAAAGGAGAUGUAUGGCUAUGCCACUCAAGUGGAGGGAAAUGCAAUGAUUUCACUGCAUUUGAACCAGCAUUGGAUACCUUCCAGGAAAUUGAGGCAUUUCUUUCAGCCAAUCCAUCUGAAAUCGUCACAAUUAUCCUGGAAGACUAUGUUCAUGCACCGAAUGGACUGACAAACGUGUUCAACACCUCUGGCCUGCUGAAGUACUGGUUCCCAGUGUCGAAAAUGCCACAGAAUGGCCAGGACUGGCCUCUUGUCAGUGACAUGGUUGCAAGCAACCAGCGCCUCCUGGUGUUCACCUCCAUCAGCUCAAAGCAGAGUACCGAAGGAAUUGCUUACCAGUGGAACUUCAUGGUUGAGAACAAUUAUGGUGAUGAUGGGAUGGAUGCUGGGAAAUGCUCCAAUCGUGCUGAAUCUGCACCUCUUAGCGACAAGACUAAAUCGCUGGUCCUCAUGAACUACUUCCCAUCGGUCCCUAUAAAGUUUACUGCGUGUCUACAGCAUUCCCAAAGUCUUACUGACAUGGUGAAUACAUGUUAUGGAGCAGCAGGGAAUCGAUGGGCUAAUUUUAUCGCGGUUGAUUACUACAAGAGAAGUGAUGGAGGGGGCGUGUUCCAAUCCACAGACUUGCUCAAUGGUAGACUGUUGUGCGGGUGCCAGGACAUCAGGGCAUGCUUGCCAGGUUCUGGUGUAGUGUGCUCUGCAUGAACCCAUAAGGAAUAGGCAACUUUAUUAGAGUGGUACAUUCAUAUAGGAUAACAGAUAUGCAACAGUUACUUGGUUUGGGUGAUUACAAGGCUGCUUCCGCUUGGUCUUGCUGUGGUGCGUCCUCGUUGCGUGGUUGAAUGCUGGUUCGUCUCAACUCUGAACGACUGUUUUGCAGCGUGGGCAUGUGACGAGUGUAGUUUCAAGGGAAGAUAUCCAUAGAAAUUAGAUUACCUUAGAGUGAUACAACAAUACAACAGUGUAAACGAUAGGAAUCUGGAAGAAACAACACCAAGUUUCAUGUUCGUAAAUGGGAAUUUUCUUUUUCAAACUUCAUGUUUCGAACUUGAAAGGCGCUAUGGCUUCAUGGUUCAAAUUUGAAUCAUUUUUAAAUAUGCAUGAAAAUGUGAAACAUGCUUUAUA